UCUCCAGGUGUUAGUGUUUGAAAAGACAGUUUCAAACAUGGACACAUGUGAGAGUCUGUUUCUGAGUCUUGAACAUCUUCUCAACUUUAAGCCAGUUUUUCCUUUCAAGUCAAAGACUGACAAAGUAAAUUGAAAACUAAUUUCCCCCUUUCUGUCUGUUCAGUGAGCAGACAUGCAGGUUCAACAGCUGCUCCUCGAAAUUCUGGAAGACCUGAUCGACGAAGAAUUGAAAAUGUUUCAGUGGUACUGCACGAUGGACAACUUGGACGAAUGUAAACGGUUUCCUAAGACGCGUCUGGACAAAGCGUCCCGGAUUGUAACUGUGACCAAGCUGACAGAGAGCUACGGGGAAGAGUCGGCUGUGCGCCUCACUGUUGAGAUCCUGAAGAAGAUGAGAAACAACAGCUUAGCAGAUAAGUUGUGCAGCAUGUAUGCUGAGGGAAGACCAGCUGCUCCCUCCACCUCCUCCUCUGCUCAGAGCCCCCCUGCUGCUGCUGCUGCUGCUGCUGCUGCUGCUCCUGCAGCCACAAUAUCAGCUCAGGAAGGAUCUGUUGUCAUCGCCCCGAUGAUCAGCAGCAGCAGCACCACUGGAUCAUUGAAUAUAACCAUCCACAAACCAUAAAUCAACACAUGAAGAUAAUUAUGACAGAAGGCACAUUAUAUGAUCAUAUUAUUAUUAUUUGUUUUUUACAAAAUACAAUUACAUGAUCCAUGUAGCAUGGAAACCUACAGACCUACAUGUGGGAGACCUUCAGAUGUUUAUGUAAUUUUUUAAAUAACAGCUGCCAGCCAAUUACAAUGAAGUAUUUUCUCAUAACUGUAUAAUCAUUUGUGGUAACACUUUACAUUUCAGUUCCACUGUUUAGUCAGAGUAAGCUCGAUACAGAUAUUUAUAUCACAUUUUAACUUAUUUGUCAGCAGAUAUGAAGGAAUUUUAAAUGUGUUUUUACGGUACAGAAUUUGCUAUAAUGUCUCCCAUUAAGACAUAGUUUGUUAUUACUGCAACUGUGCUUUAAUAUAUUUUCUUUUCAUACACCUAAAUGUUAAACAGAAGAACUUAAUGUGAAGUACUGUGUGUUCAACCUCCUCCAUCAUGCAGAUGUCUGUACAGGGACCAAGUUUUAUCUGUCAGAAGGCUGCUUGGUACCACUAAGAAUAAAACUGAUGUAGCAUCCCUUCA